AUGCCGCACGAACCGGCCGUCCCGGUAGCGGCGGAGCCCGCGGUGCCGUCCACGGACGGAGGCGGUCGCGCGUUCCGCUCGGCGCCGCCGCUGCUGCGGGAGCGCGAGUUCUUCCCGGAGACCGGCAGAAAGGGGCACAGCCGCGGCCACCGGUUUCGCUGUGCAGGCAGCCCCCGGCUCCGUUCCCAGCGGGGAGGAGAGGUGACCCGGGGCCAGCGGGGCGGCCCCACGCAUGAUUUGGUCCAUCUCCCGCAUUAUCUGUCAGCGAACUGGUGUAGGAACGUGGCUGCGCUGAGAGGCUGCCAGUCGGUACCGGGGAGGCUGCCAGCCGUACCCCCACCGGCUCCCGACUCCGGCUCUGCCUCUCGCCCCGCGGCACGGAGUCGGAAGACAUCACCUUCUCCCCGAGGCGGCCACGGAAGAACGAGACACGCGCGAAUCGCGGGAAUCCGGUGCAGCCUCCGGGACGCAGGGGAUCCCACGCCACCGGUCCUCGCAAGUGGGCAGGGACCCGAUCCGCCCCCCGCGCCGUCCGUGGGAGGUUCCUCCACCGGGAGAAUCGGGCAGCCCUUCUCCCCGGUCCCGCGGAGUGAAGCGGUUUCCGUGUCCGUGGGCAGCGCCGCCGCUCGGGGCUGCCCCGAGAGUGGGAUGCGCAGCAGUGUGGUGCGGGCCGGAGAGCUGGAAGCCGAUGAGCAGCGAGCCUCGGCGGCCGCCACAUUCACGCGUGGGAAACCCACGGUUGGAGUGGCCCCGGCAUCCGGCUACGCUCGCCCUGCGGUGAGUGAGAGCCCAGCCGGGUCGGCCUGGGGCUGGGGCUACGAGACCCUUCCCUUCCCCCGGCUGGGGAAGCCGCCCGGGGGGCGGUCCUCCAACGGCGGACACGAGUGGGGCUUCGGGACCCCGCGGGGAGCACCGAUGACUGGGCCCCCACGGCUCCGCACGGGACGCGGGGUUCGUGUGUCGGCUCUCCGUGGGCAGAUCCCUCCUCCCACCGCCCCGGCCGAAAUGAAACCGCGCUCCCGGGAGGAGGCGGAGGAUUCCCACUCCGCGGCUCCCGUGUACUCCCACACCGCGCUUGAAGCCCCGCGGCCACGGGAGCCGUCGCGACACGCGAGUCCUGCGUGGCGCGGCCGGACGGGGGGCAAGUGCUUCGUAGAGGACAGAGCUGGCGGCACCGGGCGCACGGCCGGGCGCGGGUGCGAGGCUGCGGGUCGGAAACGGAUCGUGUCCCCACGGGCAGGACGGGCACUGUCGGCGCCCAUUCCCGUGACCGUGGGGCUGCCGCAGCCCAGAGCAAGUAGGUGUCUCCCCGGCGGCUCGGCUGUCGGUGUCCUCGGUGCACGCUGGAACCGCGGCUUCGAGGCUGUGCCGCCCGUGCAUCAGCGGAGAAAUAGCUUCAUCCUCCCGCCGGAACCCACGCGGAACCCGCGCAGGGCCGGAGCUGUGCCCUGGUUGAUGUGCGGGGGGGGCAGGGACAAGGCGAGAUGCAAACGAGAACGAAGCGGGGAAAGCAGCGCGGAACGACCGCCGCCGCGGGGGAGCCGCCCGAAGCCCCCGCGCGUGGGUGAGCCGGGACCGGGGCUGCGGCCGCUCGUGGGGGUCUCGGCCCGGAAGGAAAAGUGGGACAGUGCUGCUCCAACCGUGCGGGACGAGGCAGCGGCGGGCGGGACCGGACCCGGGCAGUGUCCAGAGACCUCCGCGCCCGGAGCCGGCGGCACUGCGGGGAUCCCGCCCGCACGACCAAGGGACCGGGAGCACGAGCUGAGCCGGGGCACGGGCAGCCUUGCACGCUCCCAGGGUCAACGGCAGGAGCUGCCUGGGCGUCCCACGGGCUCUCGGCGGGCUGGGGCCGCUCAUCCCUGCGCCUCCCGUCACCCACACCGGUCCGGGGCCCGGUUCUGGGAUCCCGGAACUCGGAACCCACAAGGGGACAGCUCCGGACCGGCGAGAGCGUGUGCUGCCGCGGCAAACCCCCUUUUCCGCCCAUCUGACCCCGGCCCAUCCUCUCGGCUGCGGGGUCUACGCUCCUCCAGCCCGCACUCGUGCGAUGAACUCUUCGGGGCUCGGGGGGCUGCGGGGGACCGGAGCGCCCGGCUCCCCCCUCGGUUCUCGCUGUGCGAGGGCUACCACGGCAGCGAGUUUUGCAACGAAACCGAGGGGGUGAAGCCGCUCUCGGGGUCGCGCGUGGCGGUGGCGGCGAGAGCGCGGGUGUCCGAGUGCGGCUGA